AUGGAAACCUUUAAGAUGAUUGAGGCCAUGAGGCAGAAGAAUAGGUUUUCUUCCGGGGAUUACACGGGUUAUAAGAACUAUCUUAAAGUUGAGAUGAGGGGACGGGGGCAAGGAGAAGAUAGAGAUUUGUAUAAACUUGAGUCAAACCUGUCGAAGUUCUUUAUUUUCAACUCGACGAGGUUUCUGAAGAGUAAUUUGAGAAUACUUAGAAGGAAUAGGUCUGAGUUUGGAGUUAUGUAUAGUACCCUUAUGAGAGGUAUGGUUGGGGGUCUUAUGGAAAAACCCAUUGAAAUUGGAGAUCUCUUGGAGCUCCGGAAACGGCUUUUACCAUAUAAGACAUUUGUAGGCCAGAUCGAUGCAUUGCUUGAAUCGGCACCAUAUAGCUUUGACACCUCAUCCUUAAAGACCAGGUACAUGUGGAAUGACAUAGCGAUUGGAUUCAGAAACGACUUUGAAAGAGACCAAUUUCUAGAGGGAAAAGCUCCACAGGACGGGGGAUAUGAUGCAGACAUUGCCACCUUUAUACUGAAGGUGGAAAACAAAAAGAAGCGACUACUGUCUCUCAUUAAAUCCAAGCCUACUAAGAUUGUCUGUAUUAGUAAGAAAGUAGAAAAGCUUUUGGAGACACUUGAUAGGCUAAAGGUUGUUUUGAAUGAAAAUCUGGUUGAAUCAGCCUAUGUUGAGAAGAUGAUCAAUGACACAGAAGAACUGAAAGCAUACUACUUGAAUAUCGCCGAAUUUAAGAGGUGUCUGAAAUGGGACGAUUCUAUAGACGGGUUCAAGGUUCCUUUGUCAUUUAAAGAGGUAGAACCCCAGAUUCUGGAAGUAAGAGAUGAUUUAUCGUAUGUCUCAAGGAAAUGCUUGAGAGGUGCGCUUUCCAAGUAUCUAGAGAAAUCCCUCCAGCCAACCAAACCGGCUAUAAAGGUUCCGUUUAUACCGGUGCUGUUUGAUGUGGCUAGGGAUUACAUAUCGUAUCCUGCAGAAGAUAAAAACAUGGAGGAUCUAUUCAAGAAGCUUCACAUGUUCAAAUGA